AUGCCUCCUGCCCCUGUGGAUUCGACCUACUACAUGGAAGUCAUGUCUCUGCCAGAGAACUUCAAGCUCCGGUAUUGGAAUCCCAGGCCGGAGGCUUCUGUACUGUUGGAGAUCUUCUACCCAGACUCUCGCGGCGUGAACGUCUUCGUAGGAGGGUCCAAGAAGCCUGACAUGGCAUUGAAGUUGGGUCGAAAGCCCACGCUGGAGGAUGAGCACGGCGCUCAUGUGGUCGAUGCUCAAGCACUACGUCUUUAUGUGACCAUGCGAGGGUCACCCGAAGGCUUCGCAGCCCGGAAGGAUCUCGUCAUCCGGCGCACACCCACGGUGAAGCUGAAGAUGAACAUCGAGAUCAGUAUCGUCGAGUUCAAUGGGCCGCAGUUCCAGACGAACUUGGCGAUUCUGCUUGGAAUUCCACCCGAGCGUAUUUCUGUGGCAUCUGUUGCAGCCCGGCGUCGGCUGAAGCUGGUGCAGACCACUGCGGACGACUCUGAUGCGUCAGUGUGCACGGUGGAGGGGAUCUGCAAGACGCCAGGCCGACGCCUUGCCGCUGUGGACCUCACGGAUCUGGACAUCUCCAUCGAACCUUCCAAGGAUGCUGCCGCAGCAGCUUCUGGUGGAGACGCAGAGAGCCAAGGCGCAGAGGCGCUGAACGCACAGGCAGGAGAGCUUGGCGAGGUCUCCUCGAACCUUCAGUCUUUGGCUUCCGGCUCCGAGCUGGCAGCUGCAGCCGGUGGCGAGGUCACUGUGAGCGACCUCGAAGUUCCCGAGAUUCCCGACGAGGCCAACAACGAGGAGGUGCCGAGCGCCGAUGAAGUCGCCGAAGUCGAGAUCGUGGACGUCACCGCCACGGCUGCCUCGUCUGCCGCUGCAGAGGUGUCAGCCGAGGCUGGUUGCUCCGCGGCCUUCGGCGUUGCAGUCACGGUCGGGCUCACCAGCGGCAUUGCCUACACUCAGGCAGAUCUGGAACACGAGGGAACUUCCACGGCGAUGUGCAGCAGCAUCAACGCGGGCUACUCUGGCGAUAUUGCACUUUCGUGCGUCGCCGGCGUCCUGAAGGGCAACGUGGCGGCUUGCCAGCCCGUGGGUUGCGCCGAUCCCGUGGACGUGACGGUGGGAACAGCUACGGCGUCUGUUAGCCCACCGGCUAACAUGGCCUCCGGCAUUGUCUCCUCAGUGGAGUGCAGCACCGUGAACUCCUCGUACACCGGCAACUUCGAGCUGAGCUGCUCUAUGGGAACCCUCUCCUACGAUGUCUCGACCUGCAGUCCCGGUUGUGCCCCCGAGCAGAGCGUGGCCAUCACGGUUGCAGGGACAUCAGUGCAAUGGAGCCCUUCCUCGGUGAUGGCUUCUGGAUCCUCUGAUUCCACGUCUUGCGAGCCAAUCAACAGCGGAUAUGCGGGAACCAUCCAGAUCAGUUGCUUCUUCGGCGUCCUCACCGCCAACCCCUCUGGGUGCAGCCCGAAGCCGUGUGCCCAGGGCGACCAACUGGAUGUGACAUUGGAUGGAGCUACGAGCACCAUUACUCUGGGCCGUGAAGUGAAGUCGGGAACAUCCACAACAGCUUUCUGUUCGGACGUGAACAGCGCUUGGGGCAACAGCUUCACUCUCAGCUGCAACCUGGGUACACUCAGCUUCGAUGUCUCCAACUGCCAAGCCGCAUGCACCACCUCGGCAACCAUGGACAUCACACUGGCGGACAGCACAGUCUCAGUCAGCCCGACCGCCACCCUGCUCAGUGGGGAGACAGAGUUCAACAUCCCGUGUUCGGGACUGCACUCGGGCUUCACGGGCGUUUACACGCUGUCCUGCGUGACCGGCGAUCUUGCGGCGGAUACCUCCCAGUGCACGGAGCGGGGUUGCCUGGCCACCGACACGGUGGAUGUCACAGUGGGCAGCUCGACCAACCAGGUGGCUGCAUCCGAGGCCCUCAGUCAUGGAGGAUCCAUCGAGCAGCUUUGCGAGGAAGUGAACACUCAGUACACCGGCACUUUGACCAUUUCGUGCUCCAAGGGAGCUGUGUCACUGGCCUCCAGUACCUGCAAUGUGAAACCUUGCGAGCCCUGGGACUUCGUGGCCGCCACUCUACAGGGGGCUUCGGGCCUUCUCUACCCGAAAGAUCAGAUCGCCAGCGGGUCCACAGGUUCAGGGGAGUGCGGCGAUGUGAACGUGGAGUGGAGUGGCGACUUUGAGCUGACCUGCACCCAGGGCGUUCUCCAGGCGGGAGAUUCGUCCGCUUGCCGAAAGACAUGCUCGUCCUAUGGAUCAAACACGACAGUCACGAUCGAUGGCAGCAGUUAUACAGUGUCGCCUGCCGCACGCAUCUCGCACCUGGGCAACGGUGUUCAGGCAUGCGGCAACGUGGUGUACGGAUAUGGCGGAGAAGUUCAGCUGAGCUGCGACGACGGCACCUUAUCAGUGACCAGCCACAACUGCCUGCCCGAACCUUGCCCGGCCGGCCUUCUCAUCGAAGCCACCGUCUACGGGGUCUCUGGUGUGUCGCAGCUCCUUGCCGAUGUGGCACACGGAGGAGAAGGGCCCGUGGAUUGCAACCUCAUCAACCCGGAGACGACGGGAUCUUUCCAAGCUCUCUGUUCCGCCAAGUCUCUUUCCCUGGUCUCGGAGUCGGCAUGUACAAGGUCUUGCACGGAGACCUCGCCGGUACAGGUGCAGCUCGACGGCGACACCUUCACAGUGAUUCCAGCACAGCUCAUCGAGCAUGGAAACAAUGCCUGGCAGAACUGCAGCACCUUCACCUCCGGAUAUAGUGGCGAGAUCCAGCUGGGCUGUAACGACAACGUGACACAGGUGGCCAGCGAACAGUGCAUUCCGAACCCAUGCAAGGACCCGCGCACCGACGGGGCAACCACAGUGGAGGCCUAUGAAAACUGGUACGGCGACUGCAGCGCCGUGAAUCCGAGCCUCGUCGGUCAGAUUCACUACUCCUGCGUUGGCGGACAGAUCCGCACCAACAGCUCGGCUUGCCAAGGCCCGUGCAACCACACCCAGAACGCGUCGGAGGAGACGCUUUCUGGAGGAGUGGAGAACGUCAGCUGCACCAUCUUCCUUGGCAGCCAGUGGGACGGCAUGGCCUACCUGCUGUGCACAGACGGCGUUUCAACGGCGGACACGUCUGGCUGUGCAGAGGCCUGCUAUCCAGCAGAGUCGGCGACCGUGACCGUGGUGGGAGAGAGCAACGAUGUCUCCUUCUCCGCGCGAACGAAAUCCGGCGACACCGAGACCAUGCAGUGCUCCAGCUUGGAUGCGGAGUACCACGGCACACUGACUCUGUCUUGCAACAAUGGCCUGUUGAGUCCCAGCCACGCGUGCCACAAAAUGUGCACGACUUCAACAAGUGCGAAUGCGGUCGUCGGCGGGCAGUCUGUGACGGUCUCGCCGGCCUCCGACAUCCUUCACCAGGGGACGCUGAACACGACCUGCGAUGGAGCGGUGUCGGGUUAUGCCAACGAUAUCGUGCUGACCUGCAGCGAGGGCGUCCUCUCAGCCGAUGCAUCGGCGUGCAAGGCGCCAUGCAGCACGGGAUCUGACGUUACCGUCAACUUCGCUGGCUCCCCGCACUCGUUGAGCCUCACUUCGCAAAUCCUGCACGGACAGACCGGCACAGAAAGCUGCAGCGAUGCGGACUCGGGCUACAUGGGGGACAUC